AUGGAAGAUUUUAUGGUAGCACUAUCAUGUGUCAUGCCUUCGAUUCAACGUGGAUUUCAAGUUAAUUUUGAAGAAACAAAUUGGGAUGAUAUUGGUGGAUUAGAUAUGGUUAAAAAGAAAUUAAAACAAGCAGUUGAAUGGCCAAUGAAAUAUCGGAAUACAUUUAAAAAGCUAGGAUUAAGACCCCCUAGAGGAAUUCUUUUGUAUGGUCCACCUGGAUGUAGUAAAACAACACUACCAGUGUUUCCGGAGCAACAUUUUUAUCUAUUAAUGGAGCUCAACUUUAUUCUCCCAAUUUUUCGACUUAAAUUACUAGUUCGAUCUAUUUUUCAACGUGCACGUGCAUCAAGUCCAUCUGUUCUUUUUCUUGAUGAAAUUGAUGCUAUUGUUGGAAAAAGAUCAUUGGGUGAAAGAGGUGGCACUGGGAACGGAGAUAGUGUUCAGGAACGCGUUUUGUCAAUGCUACUAAAUGAAAUGGACGGCGUUGAAACUGCUACAUCAAUUCUUAUAAUGGGUGCAACAAAUCGACCAGAUAUGCUCGAUGCUGCUCUUUUACGACCUGGAAGGUUCGAUCGCCUUAUAUAUGUUCCACCUCCAGAUUUUAAAUCACGUAAACAAGUUUUAAAGAUACAUACCUCCAAUAUGCCAUUGAAUGAAGAUGUAGACCUAGAUUUUAUUGCUAAACAGACUGAAAUGUACACAGGCGCAGACAUUAAAAAUUUAUGUAGAGAAUCUGCAAUGAUAGCAUUACGCGAAAUGAAAACUACGUCAAAUGUGAACAUGUCUGAUUUUUUGAAAGCUUUGAAAAUUGUAAAAGCUUCAUUAACCGCCGAUAUAUUAACCUAUUAUGAAAAAUUAAUGUGUUAA